AUGGAGCAGAUGGGAAAUCAAACCGCAAUCUCCGAAUUUGUCUUCCUGGGCUUCUCCACCUUCCCAGAACCUCAGGUCUUGUUCUUUCUCCUGUUUCUCACCAUGUACAUCACCACAUUGCUUGGCAAUGGGCUCAUUCUGGCUACUGCGUGGCUGGAUCGUGGCCUCUGUACACCCAUGUACUAUUUCAUCCGGCACCUGUCAUUCCUGGAUGUCUGCUACACAUCAGUCACGCUGCCCCACAUCCUCAAGCAUCUGAUGGCGGAGAUCAAGACCAUUUCCACCCAGGCCUGCUUGGCGCAGCUUUUCUUCCUGGUGGCGUUUGUGGGGGUUGAAUGCCUCCUCUUGGCCGUGAUGGCGUACGACCGCUACAUCGCCAUCUGCUGCCCUCUGACUUACACCCUUGCCAUGAGUAGGAAAGUCUGUGCCCAUCUAGUGAAAGCCUCCUGGGGCUGCGGCUUCCUCAAUUCAGUCUUGCACACCGUCAUGACCUCCCGCUUGUCCUUCUGUGCUUCUCGCAGCCUCAACCACGUCUUCUGUGAUGUCCCACAGCUCCUCAAGCUGUCCUGUGCAGACACAUCCAUCAACCAGAUCACCCUGCUGCUGGUCACCCUGCUGCUGGGUGUCAGUCCGUUCCUUUCCAUCCUGGUUUCCUACGCUCAGAUUGUGCAGGCUGUCUUGAGGAUCCGCACCACUCAGGGCCGCCGCAAGGCAUUCUCCACCUGCACAUCUCACCUCGCUGUGGUCACCUUGUUCUACAGCACCUGCAUGUUCAAUUAUAGCAGGCCCAGUGGCAGCCAUUCUGUCUACAUCAACACUUUGGCAUCUGUGCUUUACAAUGUGGUGACUCCAAUGCUAAACCCCAUGAUAUACUGCCUGAGGAACAAAGAAAUGCAGGAAGCUCUGAAACGUGUGCUCAGACUCCAAAAGCCACCCUCCCUUUAG